GGAAGAUUAGCCUCUCCAGGUCUCCUCGUGGUCGUGUUGACAGUGCUCUGUGCUUUAUUGAUUUUUCUUAAUUGACACGCGGUACUGUGCGCAUCGGUAACAGAAUACUACCUGGUGAGGGAAUUCAACAGUGAACCGCUUGGGAGGCUUGCAUUUCCAUCGCCAAUAUAAAUGAGCGGACAUACUACAACUGCUCUCAGGUAGAGUACAGGAUUGCAUGUGUGAGGAACAUGUUACCACGUAUAUACACCAAGCACUUAGGAAGUGAAAUGCGGGGGCUGGGAAAGAAGCGGGCGUAAUGCCACCUGGUGGUCAGAUUGCUAUGACAACGGGACACUGAGGAAACUAUAUGGGAUCGCUUGCCAGAUGUCAAUUAGGCAGUUUUUUUAUCAACGCAGUAAAAAUAUCAGUGUAGCAGAGGAACCGCCUGUGAGUUGCUACUGGUAUGCGUAUGCAAUGUUGUCACAUAAAAAAAAAACCGAUGUGAUCAUAACCAUGGUUUUUAUGGUACUGAAAAAAGGAUUGUUUCAAUUACAAAUACUAAUUGAUUCAAAUGGAUUCCUGCUCGUUUUAACAACAGGAAAUGCUGUCUAAAACAAAGUAGACAUCAAACAAGUUCAGCAAACAACUGAACAGGCAACUUGAGGUAAUAUCAUUUUGUCACUUGCAAAGGAUAUUGACCGUGCUAAAAUAUUGAAAGAAAAACAGUAGAGAAUACUAAAUACAAAAAAUACAGCUGGAGGCACUUGGUGGUAACAGCCACACGCGCCAUGCCAGUACACUGCAAAGAGUGUGGUCGAACUACAGUAAAAUCACGAUGAGAGGCCCAUAGUAACGAGCUUACUCUUCAGCACGUCUGUUAUAAUAUAAAAACAUUAUCAUUAUCAUUCAGGUAAUACUACGGCUAAAGACAAAAGGGAAGUUUCUACCGAUAGCAGUCGAUACAAUGGAGUAAUAAUAUUUAAACACUGUUUGCAUGAUGUGACAAAACAAUAUUGAUUUGGCAACUCUGUGUGAGGGGUUUCAUUUCUGGCCUUCUUGCCUCGCGUUGUUGCAUACAUUGAUUUGUUUCUCCAGAAAGAGCGUUGUAUUUUGGGUUUUUUUUUUGGUUGUUUUUAAAAUGCUGCAAAGACAAUGUUUUAUUAAUCUUGGGAAGCAACUUUAGAAAAAAGUUUUGAUAUGACGUUAAAGUACCAAUUGAAGCGCAGAUACUGUUGGGAAACGGCAGUGGUUUACAAAUAACUGCCCAUUUAUUAUCAUCGCGUAUAAAAAAGAAGGGAACGGCCAACGGGUACUGCCUACAAAAAGUAUAGGCAUAUAAGAGUGAUGAAAUCGCCAGAUAAUCGUGAUUAUUGGAUCUUUCGAGCAUUCGCUAUGAUACUUACAUGGAUGCUAUUCACACGAACAGACGCUGCCCAAAAUACGAGUGGACUGUUGGAUAUGGUGCGUGACAUUGUAUAAGAUACUAGGAAAAUAUUACAUAUUUCACUCUCAGCAGUCACUGAAUAGCACGCUGAAAUUUACGGAGAUCAUUCGUAGGAGGAAAGCACCUGUUAGUACAAUAGUGAGCUGGCGCCGGGUGGAGAUUUGGUAGGUGAUGGAGAACGUGUCCUAUGGACAUCCCCACUGGGCCCUGUAUCCUCCCCCUUCCACAACCAUCAUUCUUGUCAGCGGAAUAAUCCUCCUUGUUUUUGCAGUGAUUAGCAUUCUGGGGAACGCCUUCGUGAUUGGCAUAUUUUGCAGUUCUCCAUCGCUUCGAACGCCUGCAAACAUGUUGAUACUUAAUCUCUCCUGGAGCGAUUUAAUGAUGUCCACGGCCGUUCCCAUGGUGACCGUGGCUGCGCUGGAGGGGAAAUGGGUCUUUGGAAAAGUAGGUUGUGAUAUCCAUGCUAUGGUGGUUGGGAUAUUUGGUCUGAUGUCCAUGAACACUAUCGCCGCCAUUGCUUUUGAGAGGUACAAAGUCAUCGUGCGUUCCUGUCCCACCAAAGGAAGCCGGCGUCAAGUAGCAGUCUCCGUUGUAGUCACGUGGUUGUACUCUAUCCUAUGGACCCUUCCGCCGAUCUUCGGAUGGGGUCAGUACAUUCUGGAGGGCACAGGAACUUCGUGUACAUUCGACUUUUUGACACAAACUUUAGAAAACAGGUUGUUCGUGUUGGCAUUGUUCAUUGGUGGUUUCGUUGUGCCGUUCCUUGUUAUACUAGUGUGUUAUUGUAAUGUGUUUUACUACGUUCACGCAUCAAAUAAAUUACUUUUUUACUGCAGGACGAAAAAGGCCUUGAAAUCAGAGGUGAAGGUGGUGAAAAUGACAAUGGUAAUUCUUUUGCUCUUUUGUCUCUCAUGGAUUCCUUACAGCGUAGUGGCCCUUAUUGGAACAUUUGGUGAUGCCACUCAAAUCAGUCCACUAACAGCCGGUAUUCCCGUAAUAUUUGCUAAAUCCUCAGCAAUGUAUAACCCAGUGAUAUAUACGUUUUAUCAUCAAGGAUUCCGGAGAGAAUUACGACGAAGGCGAAUAUGUGGCCGGUUGUCGGCCCGUUUUUUCAACCUGAGCAGCAGUUUCGCGCAGGAACUUGACGUCAUCCACUCCAGGGGUCGAAACUCUUUAUCUGUAAGAAGAAGCAUUUGUUCGCCAUCCGCUGACCAUAGUUCUCUAUCAAGACCGAGGUUAUUCACCACAGAUUCCAUCUCUUCAAAUAAGAGGAUAUCUCAAAACGGGAAUAUCUAUUUGUCGAUUCAAUCAAGGCCUACCUCGCCUAUGAAAAAGACCCAAACGAGUGUUGAACAGGUUUAAGGGCAGUUGCAGGUGGCGCAAAAUAAUGUUGGCUCAAAACGUUUGCCCUAAAAGGCCAACUAAGCGCCAAUAACUAAUAUGCGACUGGUUUGUCAUUAUAAUUCUUAAACCUACUCAAUAAACUCAAAA